AUGGCAUCUCGCUGCAGGUGGCCACCAGCGCUCGCGCGACGCCUCGAUCCACCUCUCCGCCGCGUUUCCUCGGAGGCGGCAUGGGGGUGGGGCCAAGACGCAAACCUCCAUGACGGCGAUGAAGACCCAAGGAGCGCAAGCAAGGGUCGUCGCACGACUGAGAUCGUGAUCAAGGAGGACGAAGAAGAAGCCAGCGACUACGAGUUCAGCCUCGGCAACGUGAUCGAGAAGAGCGGGCACCGCGACGGCUCCAUGUACAGGGCCAUGCGUUGGGGCUGGAAAAGGAAUUAUCCCGUCGGAGAUCGUAGCGAGACUCGGUUGGAAGCUAUGAGGUUUUCAGAUUCCACAGAACGCAGGUCUGGUUGUACCAUGCUGCAAAUAUUCUCAUUAAAGUUGGCUAAAAUUCCUGGGAAUGAUGGAUUAGUAGAGUUGUAUGGAUACAUAGCAGCGCGGGAUCAUGUGGAUAAGUUGCUUAAUUAUGUCAUCAAUAUUAGCAGGGAUGAUCCCAUUAUUGUGGAGCAGGGGCACAUCCAUACUUACGGUUCUCUCAUCAGCAUGGGUGGUGGCCCUAAGCGAGGGAUAGAUGUGGCGGACUAUGCUCUGAUUGAGUAUGACAUGAGGAUUAAGAGAGGCAGACAAGAAAGAGAUGACCUACAACUGAUUGAUGGCGCAUCAUCCUUACACUACCACGGGACAUGGCAUCGGCCGUUCACAUAUGGCAUCUCUAACGAUUGUGGCGGCGCAGUCGACAUGACUUUAGCAUGUCUUUGUUGCGCGGUCGAGACGACCGUAGAGGUUCUGAUAUCGGAAGUGCAGAGCGGUUUCCAUAUGUCUCUCAGAUGUUUCACCAGUGGGUUUAAUACGGAGAUCCGGCUCUUUGAUGGCGCUGUCGUCGGGUCUUGCGCCUUGAAGAGGUCUGUGGUUGCCGUAGUGGAGGGGUCUUUCAUGCGUUUGAAAUUCAAGGUAAGCACACCGUCACCCGGUUCCGAGUCCAAACGUCGGUGUACCUUCAAGGCCAAGACACAUGGGCAUAACACUCGAGAGAUAAAAACUGAUUUUGCGUUGAUCUCGGUGAAGGUGACCUGGUCGACGUUGCCCGGCCGCUUUCCUGAAUAA